AGGUUAACGAUAGGUUGUGGUACAUUGUUUCAACUUGCAACGUUUGCACACCGAGAAGACCUUGCAGCAUUUCUUCAAAAAUGAUCUAGAAGUUAGUCGAAACAUCUUGAGUUGCAGGUGUUGUCACCAUUUCGACAGAUGGCGUUAUCUUUACGACCACGUGGUGAAAUAAGAGAUGAUACUAAACGCACGAAAUCAACAACUGUCAACAGGUCGGCUGCUACUGCUGAUGAGGCUGCAAAUGUGAAAUCUACAAGGCGAGCCAAUACACAGUACACAGAACACGUGUUUGAAGUCCAGUAUAGUGACUCCUUGUUGCGCCUGCUGUCUUACAUAACAUUCAGCCUAUUUGUGGGUCUGUUUUUGAUACAGCUUCGCUUCCUGUGGAAUACUUACAUGAUUUUGCAAUACGAUACCCCCACUCGUGCACCUAUAAUACCAGCUCUGCCUGAUGACCUGCUGGCACACUACAGACAUGAUGAUUGGCUGCAUUUCCAGUAUUUGAAUGGUCAGCUGAGGGUCAACACCACAUUUUUUGUCUGCUGAGAUUUUCACUGCCACCGAGAAAAACCUCGAGG